UGUAUCUGGGACAACAUUCGAGGAUCAAGCCAAGGGUUUAACGAGCCGGAAAAAGUGGUCGAGUGCUCCGGAAGUACUUUCUAUCAGAUCCCUGAGCUGGGGGCAUUUCUGAACCUCGGCCCCACACGAGCUCAAGAUGACUUCGAAGCAGGACACGCUUUUGUGUCGAAAACAAAUACAAGGCUUUCAUCUUACUGUGCAAACGAAGAAGUCAUAUUAAUACCAACGUGGAUUGAAUUAACGGCCAAACAUAUAUAACUAUAUCGCUUUUGAUUGGCAGAAAUGGAGUUGAAUCAGCUGUUCGAUGUCAAGGACAAGGUGGUAUUGGUCACUGGAGGUGCCAAAGGCAUAGGACUCAUGAUCUCACAAGGUUUUGUCGCCAAUGGAGCCAAAGUCUAUAUCUCCUCCCGUGAUGCCAAAGCCUGCGAAGCAGCAGCAGAGGAGCUGAAUUCAGCAGGUCCAGGCAAAGCAGUCGCAUUACCCGCAGACCUACUGCAGCUCUCCGAGUGCGAGCGUCUAGUCUCGGAGCUUUCAAAGCGGGAGUCCAAAUUACACGUCCUCGUGAACAACAGUGGUAUCGCCUGGGGUGCACCACUGGACUCCUUCCCGGACGAACAGUGGUCGCGUGUGCUGAAUCUAAACUUGCAGCGCGUCUUUACUCUGACCCAGCUCUUACUACCACUUCUCGAUGCCGCGGGAUCGCCAUCCGUGGAGUCGGCAGCCAAGGAUAUGCCCGCGGCUGUGAUUAACAUCGGGUCUAUCGAUGCUCUGAGGGUCCCGAUCAUGGAGAACUAUUCCUACAGUGCGGCAAAGGCAGGUCUGCACCAUCUGUCGCGGGUGCUAAGCGCCAAGUUGGGCCCCAGGGGCAUCACGGUCAACACGCUUGCGUGUGGGCCGUUUGAAACAAAAAUGACGAGGUUCGCGAUGAAGACGGCGAAGGCAGAGAUUGAGGAGGGCAACCCAAUGGGCAGGAUCGGAAGACCGGGAGAUGUGGCUGGAGCUUGCAUUUUCCUAGCGAGUCGUGCGGGUUCGUAUGUCAAUGGUGCUACAAUCAAUGUGGAUGGUGGAGUCUCGAAUUUGUCGAAGAUGUAAAGCUGAUUCCAUUUGAUGAUGUUCAACGGGAUCCAGCCAUUAUGAUACAUUCAUGUCGCAUAGCGACGAGCGCGUAGCCUGGUCAAAACUAGAUGUUUUGAACUACCUAUGUACAAAGGGUAUAAUUCAGUUUCCCGAGACUUGCUCGACCAGCAGUCAUGUUGCACUCUUUAACGCCAUGGUUUAUGCAGAAUGCGAAUUGCAUUCCAACUGAUACAGUGUUCAUACAGCAGCAAUUACGUCUGGCGUCCGAUGAAGUCAGGCCAGCAUAUAUUUAGAAUCCGGUUUCUAUGAUCAACCAGAGGUUGGUAUCUCUUGAGCGAGUCUGUUAAGCGGGUAUCUGCCCAGGGUAGAGAUUCAUCCAGCAGGAGAUGCGUAUAGGCAAACAAUGC